CGGCAUGGUGUCCCAUCACAUGCUGAAGAAAAAAAAAUAUCCUAUGCAACUAUUUGUUUUGUGUUUAUCCAUACUCUGGUUUAUUGAAUUCCAAUUAUGAUUCUGGAUCCCUGUCGUCGGUCUCACAACAAACCUUUCGCCUCCCCUUCACGCCAGCGUAGAGCUAACGGUGUACAGCUGGUUAACCCGCCUCUAGUCCGGGACUUCACCUUCGAUGUCCAGCACUUUAACAUCUACCGCACGCUUAAGAGGACAAGGACGGUAGUCAAAAACACACUACCCACAUCAUCUAUGAUAGAAACAGAGCACUCCAUCAACACAUUUGAAACCAGCAGACGCUUGCAGCCUGAGAAGACAAACUACAAGGAAUUCUACCGGUCAUUGACCUUCAAUGUGCACCGGCUGUGCAACUCCAGGUGUAAGUGUGCAGAGUGUUUAUCACCAUGUGUAAGUGCACCAGCACUACAUCACCAGAUUUCUAAAGAUCAAGGUUAAACUAACAAUUUCAUGAUAAUCUUUGUGUAAAGGGUAAUAAAAUACUUUAAAACUGUGGCUACCAAUAAUAAAAUACUUUAAAAC